GUUCCUGCGCAGAAACCCCGUAGUGCCGCCCCGAACAGAGCAGCGCCAUUCGGCAACAGUAUCCAAAAUGGCAGGAGCUGAUGGAGACGACUCUCUUUACCCUAUCGCCGUCCUCAUUGAUGAGCUGCGAAAUGAAGACGUCCAGUUACGACUGAACAGCAUCAAGAAGCUGUCUACUAUUGCUCUAGCGCUUGGCGUAGAGAGGACUCGCACUGAGCUCCUUCCCUUCCUCACAGACACCAUCUACGAUGAAGAUGAGGUGCUUUUGGCAUUGGCAGAGCAGCUUGGCAAUUUCACUAUGUUGGUGGGAGGACCAGAGUAUGUCCACUGUCUCCUGCCCCCUCUGGAAAGUCUCGCUACAGUUGAAGAGACGGUAGUCCGAGACAAAGCUGUGGAAUCCCUGCGGAAGAUCUCACAGGAGCACUCUCCAGUUGACCUGGAAGUUCACUUUGAGCCUUUGGUGAAACGGCUGGCCAGCGGUGACUGGUUCACCUCUCGCACAUCAGCUUGCGGCCUCUUUAGUGUUUGUUAUCCUCGUGUCUCCAGCACGGUCAAGGCUGAAAUUCGGCAGCAUUUUCGCACCUUGUGCUCUGAUGACACUCCUAUGGUGCGUCGAGCUGCUGCAUCUAAACUGGGGGAGUUUGCCAAAGUUCUGGAGCUGGAAUAUGUAAAGACCGACAUUAUUCCUCUUUUCACUGCUCUGGCGUCAGAUGAGCAGGACUCUGUCCGGCUGCUCGCAGUGGAGGCUUGUGUCAGCAUUGCCACGCUCCUGCCUCAGGAGGACCUGGAGACAUUGGUGAUGCCAACCCUGCGCCAAGCUGCUGAGGAUAAAUCCUGGAGGGUUCGUUAUAUGGUGGCCGAUAAAUUCUCAGAGCUGCAAAAAGCUGUGGGCCCAGAGAUCACGAAGAACGACCUGGUCCCAGCGUUCCAGAAUCUCCUUAAGGAUUGUGAAGCUGAGGUCCGCGCUGCUGCUGCCAACAAAGUCAAAGAGUUCUGUGAGAAUCUUCCAGAAGAUAACCGUGAGCAGAUCAUCAUGAGUCACAUCUUGCCCUGCGUCAAGGAACUGGUUUCAGACACCAACCAGCAUGUGAAGUCAGCCCUGGCCUCAGUCAUUAUGGGUCUUUCCACCAUCCUGGGCAAGGACAACACAAUAGAGCACUUACUGCCUCUCUUCCUGACUCAGCUUAAGGACGAGUGCCCUGAGGUCCGCCUGAACAUCAUCUCCAACCUGGACUGUGUGAACGAGGUGAUCGGCAUACGUCAGCUGUCCCAGUCCCUGCUGCCGGCUAUCGUCGAGCUCGCCGAGGAUGCAAAGUGGAGGGUCCGCCUGGCCAUCAUCGAGUACAUGCCUUUGUUGGCAGGACAGCUGGGGGUGGAGUUCUUCGAUGAGAAGCUCAACACUCUUUGUAUGGCCUGGCUCAUUGAUCACGUUUACGCCAUCCGUGAAGCAGCCACCAGCAACCUCACCAAGCUGGUGGAGAAGUUCGGAGCCGAGUGGGCCCAGAACACCAUCGUCCCCAAAGUGCUGGGAAUGGCCAACGAUCCCAAUUACCUCCACAGGAUGACCACGCUGUUCUGCAUCAAUGCUCUGUCAGAGGCGUGCGGCCAGGAGAUCACCACCAAGCAGAUGCUCCCGGUGGUCCUGAAGAUGUCCAACGACCAGGUGGCCAACGUGCGUUUCAACGUGGCGAAGUCCCUUCAGAAGAUCGGCCCCGUCCUGGACAGCAACGCCCUUCAAACGGAAGUGAAGCCAGUGCUGGAGAAGCUGUCCUCUGACUCAGACAUGGAUGUUAAGUACUUCGCCCAGGAGGCUAUUAGUGUUUUGGCUCUAGCAUAACCAACCCAUCACGGCUAACCCAGAAACCCCCCCUGACUCAAAGAUCCACCCAGGUUUAGCAGAUAUUUAUUGAUGUUCAGGAACAACUGGUUGAUGUAUAGAGAAGCUGUUAACAAUUGUUUUUUCCCCCCCCCCCCCCCCCUCGCUGUUUUGGUUUAGUUCCCCUGCUGUCCAGUGAUAGUCCACGUCCAAGCUAGCGCAGGCUUCUUUAAAUGUCCUUUUUGCUGUAAAUGGGCGCUUUUAUCCGGCCUCGGUGACGAUUAAAAUAGAAUUAAGUGGUGCAUGAUGAAAAAUGUGCCGCUGUACUCGCUAAGCGUUGCUAACCGGACCCCUCCCCCGGUCUGCUGCGGCAAGCUGCAUCCGUGCGCCCCUCCCGGGACCGUGCUAGCUCUCUGCUGCUGCUGCUGCGCUUCUUCUCCCAGUGCUAGGUGGAAACUGGCAGCCUGCAGACGGUGAAACGCGCUCCUUUCUUUGCAACGCUUCCUCCUCCAGAGAACGCCUGGAGCUUCGUCUGCGUUUUUACAGAACAACGGUGAGAACGCCCCCCUGGUAGGAUACGUCGGGCGUGAAUUGCUGCAUGUAAUCGGCGUCUGGACGAUCGCAUGUUGUCAUCGGGCUGCCGCAGCGUCCCGGCUACCAGACCUGCAGCAACACAGUGAAUUGGUCAAACUAACACAUUGCCUCGGCCUAGCGCGUAAUAGGGACCAACCCACAUUUAGCAUGAUGCUUAUAAUCACACGUGAUUCACUCAUCUGUGGACAGCAUCCCCCCCAUUUUUUUUUUUUUUCUUUUUGGAUGAACCGCUUUACUCUAAAAAGAAAGAAAAAAAAUGUCCUGUAAUUUCUUGGUUGUUAUUGCAUGAUAAAGCUAUGUUGUUGACAGCUAUCACGGUAAACAGAAAACCACGACGGUCUUAACGCCAACCGAUCUCUUCUUUUCUCUUUUCUGUUUUUCUUCCUCCAAAUUCAUGCCAAGUCCUCCACCCAACAGUCUAGAAAGCAUAAAGUUGGCGAACGUUGUUGCAUUGAGCCAAACGCCUGCUUUCAGAGGCAGUGGGAAGGGAGAGCUGGGUCAGCGUAGAGCUGCAUAAUGUUUUAUUAUGGGGUGGGUGCCGGGCUGAAUAAACAUAUGGGCUGUUAAUAAAAGGAACUUUUGUCUUUGCUGAACUGCUCCCCCUGUUCAUCGCCCCCCUCCUCCCUCCCCUCUCAUUCUUCUUCUCUUGAAUAAACCUUAAUUGUCGGAUUGUCUUGUAUCACAAAGACUGUGCUCUGGUUUUUAUUUUGACUUCACAGUUGAAAAGCUGUACUACUGUAUCUUGAUCCAAAUAAAGUAACAAACAAGCUGUGUA